CUAGAACGGGGUGUAGGCUGAUGCCGCGACUUCGUAAAUUGAAGUUGUAUCAUGGCAUGGCGGCUGCACUGCUGCAAGGGGUGGACCGUGGCACCGUCUCCUUGAGAUUCUCUGUUCCUCUGCCUAUCCGAAUCGAGCUCGCAUUCGAGUUUGAAACUUCAGGACAGGGGAGGCCACCUUGGUAAAGAUAUCGUCAAGAGCGCGGGCGCAGAUUAGCAGAGACUCAGGAUGGCCUCGAUGGAAAUUUUCGGGGCAAAGUGAAAAGAAAGGGUGCGGCAAGACUUCCCUGCUCGGCCACUUUACUGCUGACAAGUCCCAAGGGCGCCAAACAUGGCGAGGCGCUCUUCAGACCAGCACGAGGAGCCUUGGCAUGCAAACGGGCCUUCCUCUAGGGGCGUCAAGCGGCCGUCCUCGGGCGAUGACACUCGUGCAACCAAGGUGGCAUCCGCCCCCGCCUGGGGGGCCGCUGCCACCUCAGACAUGACGUCAGCAGGCAUUGGCUUCACUUGCGUCGGCCCUUUGCAGCACGAUCCAUUUGUUUGCCCCGCGGCGAGGCGGCCAAGCCCGGUGGGAUUUGUGAUGCGACCAGGGCCAGAGUCCGAGUAUGAUCCACAGGGGGCCCCUAAGCCAAGCAACGAGGAAUUUCGCGUGAACGUGUUGAGGAGCUAUAAUAUCCUAGACACGGAGCCAGAGCCCCGGUAUGAUCGACUCACCGCCCUUGCGUCGAUGAUCUUCCAUACCACCGUGUCUCUCAUCACACUGACUGACUCCGAAAUUACCCAGUGGAAAUCAAACACUGGCUUCGCCGGGGCUCCCAGGGAAGUUCCCCGUUGGCUGUCGUUUUGCCAAUACGUCAUUCUCCCCUCUGUGGACCCAGUCCUCGUCGUGUGCGACGCCCUUAAGGACGGCCGCUUCUGUAAAAACCCGCUGGUCAUUGGGGAGCCCCACAUACGGUUUUAUGCUGGCGCUCCCCUGGUCACGCAAGGCAACUUUGUGCUGGGCUCACUGUGCAUAAUUGAUUUCGAGCCACGGGAUCAGUUCACCGCGGAAGAGCAGGAGAUGCUGAUUUCAUUGGCGCAGCUGGUUGUCUUGGAAAUCGAGAAGCACACGCGGGCGUUGGAGUUGCAGCGGUUGCAAGUUGAGAGGUUCGAGGAGGACAAACGGGGCUUGUUGCAGGCCAUUGACGCGUUCAGCGAGGGGCUGGUGCUGUGUGACGUGUCCCAAAAGGGGCAGCCGAUUGUGUUUGUGAACGAGGGGUGGGAGACGAUCACCGGAUAUUCCAUUCAAGACGUUCUCGGGCUGCACUGCGGCAGCCUGCUAGAGGGCCCAUUGACCGACAUAAAGGCAAAGCAGCUGAUUGCCGCAGCCUGCCAAGAGGGGAGCUCCGCAUCGGUGGAGAUCCUCAACUACCGGAAGGAUGGCACGCCGUUUUGGAACUGGCUCCGGAUACGUCCCGUGGUGUUUCCGAAGGGGACGUCUUUCGGGGGCGACGGCCCCGCUGACAUCAGCAGCAGGUACUACUUCGGCAUAUGUUCCGACUGCACGUUGCGCAAGGAGAAGGAGCUCGAGCUGGAAGCUAUUCGGCUACAGGAACUAGAGGCGGAAGCAUCUGUGCGCGCCAAGCGCUCCUUCGUCGCCAACAUCAGCCACGAGAUCCGGACGCCCAUGAACGCCAUCCUGGCGUGCAGUCAGCUGCUGACGGACAUGGCGUCACUCACGGACGAACAGCGUGAGCUGUCCCAGAUGAUCCAGGGCUCGGGCCAGCAGCUGCUCAGCCUCAUCAACGACAUCUUGGACUUCAGCAAGAUGGACGCAGGCAAGAUGGAGCUCAAAGCUUCGGAGUUCAACCUGUGGGGCUGCCUCGACUUCUGCAUGGAGAUGCUGGUGCUCAAGUGCGAAAACAAGGGCCUCUACCUCUCCUACAACAUGGACGAGAGCGUGCCAGACUGGAUCUGGGCCGACGAGGUGCGCCUGCGCCAAAUCCUGACGAACCUGCUCAGCAACUCCGCCAAGUUCACCGACGAGGGGGGCGAGGUCGAGGUCUCCGUCUCCGCCAAGCGCCUCCGGCGACAGCUGUCCAAGGAGGGCUUUGACGGCCCCCUCUCGCCGCGGGGGGGGGCUCCGUCCGGCACAGGAUUUGACGAAAGCGGAGACUUGCCGGAGUAUCGGAUCACGAUCGCCGUGCGGGAUACGGGGAUAGGGAUUCCGGUCACAUUCCAGAAGAUGCUGUUCGAGGCGUUCACGCAGUGCGACAACUCGCGGACACGGCGGUACGAAGGAACGGGUCUCGGUUUGGCGAUCAGCAAGGACCUGGCGGAGCGCAUGGGCGGCAAGAUGUGGGUCGAGUCCGAAGAAGGCGUCGGGAGCACGUUCUUCGUGACGAUCACCGCGCGCGGUUCCAUGCAACCCUCCACCGGGCGCAGCCUGUCCCCCCAGGAGAUCUUGCACCGGCCCUCGACCGCAAUCGUCGGGAAAAAGGCACUGCUCGUAGGCACGCGGGGCGCCUUUCACCGAAUGGUCGGGUCAAUGCUCCGGGCGUGGGGGUUGGACGUUUCCGUUGCGACUUCCGUCGAGGAGUUGGAAGCGCUCGCCGGCGGGCGGGGGGUGGAAGUUUCUGUUUCAGAAGCAGACGCGUCGGUUGAAGCUUCGACCUCGGGGGCUGGCGAGCGGGUUAGCGCAAACCGGGAGGGGGUUAGUGGAAACACGGAGGGGGUAAGUACAUACGGGGAGGGGGUUAGUGCAAAACGGCAGGGGGUUAGUGCAAACGGGUGGGGGGGCAGGUUAGAACGAAUGGACGUCGAUCAGGGGAGGAGUUUCGACCUUUUCGUUGUGGACAGCCCAGUUGCGGGGCGCGUGUUUGACACAAGAAAGCUGGAAGCGUUGAUGGCGGAAAGCCGGGAGGCGAUCGAGCUGAUGCACCGCGCGUGCGCGCUGGGGCGCGGGAUCCCGACUGUGCUGCUGACGUCAAAGAACACGCGGAACGUGUUCCAAUUCGACAUGGAAGCCAUGGAGCGCGUCAUCUGCGUCUCCCAGCCGGUGCGCAUCAACCCCUUCUACACCACGCUCCUGCAAACGCUCGCCAACGAGAGCCCCGCGGCGCCGCUCACCUCCCCCUCCGCUCUGCCCGCAAACGGCACCCCCCCGCCGCACGACGUCCCGCUCCAAAUCUUCGUCGUCGAAGACAACUUGGUCAACCAGAAGGUGCUCCACAAAGUGCUGAAGUCGCUGGGUUAUGAGGACAUUCGGACGGCGUGCAACGGGCUAGAGGUGCUGCAGCUGCUGAAAGAGCACACGGCGGACGUCGUGCUGAUGGACGUCCAGAUGCCAGAGAUGGACGGCUUGACAGCCACCACACGGAUAAAGGCCGACUUCCCAGAAGAGCGGCAGCCUAUGAUUAUAGCCCUGACUGCAGACGUGGGGAACGAUAUUGAAAAAGAGUGUCGAGAAGCGGGGAUGAUCUCGUACUUGUCUAAGCCAGUACGGAAGGCUCAACUAGAAAGACUGCUCUCAAAAUGUAUGUACUUUAAGCAGCAUCCUGCACAGCGAAGAACGUUGAAAUGGAUCGACGGGUUGUAACAAUUGGUAUCUGAGAAACCGAAAAGAAAUUGCAUAUUCAUGGUUUUUGUAGAGCCCGCUGCUAGGCAAAUUGCACUAGUAGAGGUUGGCCAGUAGGUUGUCGAGACUAGCUCAAUCACUACAGGUUUCCUAAAUAAGAGAAAAGGUACAACACGAUUAGAGAGGUUAUGGUCAAAUUGAAAACCACAACGUAUGGUGUACUCAUUGUGUGGUCCGAUCGAGGCACAAUUGAACAUACGCAUAUAUUUGCACAACAUUUUAGUAAAAUAGGUACUGGUAAGUCGAGCAGCCAACUGACCAUUACACAUGUGCCAAAGAUUGCAUGGCU